AUGGCUUCCAUAAUACAGAAGCCAGUAAAACAACUUGCAGAGCUCCUCCAGGAGCAACAAGAACCCUUUGUCCUAGAGGUUUACCUAUUUGAAAGAGGGUAUCUGAGAAAGAGCUUGAGUUCAAAUAGAGAGGGUGGCUCUAGUUUCUGCAAGACUUUUAACAGAUCAUCCAGUUGGGGCCUAAGCAAGAGCAAAAAGGGUGCUCUCAGCUGUUCCAGAGUACUGAGAUCUGUGUAUAACAAGCUUGUUUCAAGAAACAGUGGGCCAAGCAAUAAGAGUUCUGAAAACAAAGAAGCAGAACUCAAUGCCGACACCAAAAUGCGCAGAAAGAACCAAGAAAUUGUGGAUUCAGAUAGAUUUUCCUCUGCUAGCAGUAGGACACAGUACGAUUCAUGCUCGGAGGAUGAGAAGGAUGAAGCCUCAGUUUCUUUGCAAAAUGAUCAUAAGGCCUCCCUUGUAGCCGACACUUCUCAAGUUUCAAAACCCUGCAAUAUGAUCAAAGAGAGAGAGAUAGAACAGUUCAAUGGAGGCUCAUUGAAGAGUCACCGUAAGCAACAAAACCCCGUUUCAGUACUAAAAGAUACACCACCUUCCCAUGCAGAUGCAGUGCAAGAACUCCCGGCCAUGUCAAGAAAAAAGGAAAGUCCAUGUCCAUCUACUUGUAAUUUCAAGAUAGCAGACGACUCAAUAGUAUCAGCUUCUCUGUGGGAGCUGCUUUUCCAGCCAGCAUUAGAGAAGCCAAGAGGGUCUGGAGUUUCAGAAAAGCUAGAGCCAGUCAGGUCUAAUAUUAAUCCUUCCCCUCACUUCGCGAAAUCCAAGAGGGUGUUGCAGCAAACAAGGCAGCUUCUGUUUGAUUGCGUGAGAGAGAUGACAGAAACUCAUGCAAAGAAAGAGAGAGAAAAGCAGCGAAACUGCAAAGGGUUCCUGGGAGCCGAAGAGAUUGGAAACCUGCUUUAUGAGAAAUUAGGGACGUGGGGCAAUCAGGCUGGACAUGAAGCCAACAUAAAUUUUGUUUUGGAGUUGGACUUGUUGGGUUCAGCUGAAGAAUGGAGUAACAAUUACCAAGAAAGAAGGGAAAUCGGGAACGAAAUCGGCGACACCAUUUUAGAAGAGAUCAUCGAAGAAAUUGUUGCUGAAAAGUGA